AUGAAAGACUAUUCAUCUGUUCCAAUGCAGGGGACUGGCAAGAUUAUCAGAAGAUCAAUCUUUAUCUUCCUGCAGAAUUACCAAUUUUACACUACAAUAGCAGCAGUCCUCGCGUUCCCUUUUGCUGCCUCGGUUCUUCUUCUACAAGCAUUCGUCCCCUCAACGUGUUUCCUUCGAGCAUUCCAUGAUCACCUGCAUUCUCUAUUUGAUGAAGCAGGAUUACCAUCCUCUUCAAAACUCUUCACCCUUUUGAAUUCCAAGCUUUCUCAAACCUUUGCAAUCUCUUUUCUUGCAUUUCCUUUCACCCUUACCUCUCUUCUUUUCGCAAAGGCAUCCGUGGUUGAAGCUCUCAGUGAUCAGAAAUCAUCCAAGAAACCUGCAUUUUCUUCUUUUUGCUCACUCUACAGUUCCCUUCUUCUCACUCAACUUUGCAACUCAAUAGUCAUCAUCUCAGCAAAUGCAACUUGUUUUACUCUCCUAUUUUUCGCCUUCAAUAUCUUUAAUUACGGAUUUGACCUUUCAUCUCCAAGAUCCAUUCUCUUUAUUUCAGCAACAGGAGCAAUAAUUUGUUCGAUCAUUUUAGCCAGCACUUUGAUCAUCUGCAACUUGGCACUGGUAUUAUCAGGACUGGAGAACAUAGGAGGGUAUAUGGCAAUUCUCAAGGCUAGUUUUUUAAUCAAAGGGAAAAAUGCAACAGCAUUAUCCUUAGCCCUGAUUUUCAACUUGGCCUUGGCUGCAGUUGAAGUUCUAUACCAAUACAGAAUUGUCAAAGCUUAUCAUCAUAAAAGAACAGGCUUUUCUGCUAUUGUUUUGGAAGGAAUGUUCAUUGCUUAUUUGUAUGCCAUUCUUCUGGUUCUUGAUACCAUUUCUAGCUGUCUUUUCUUCGAAUGCUGUAAAACGAGUUGCCAGAUGGAUGAAGAAGGAUGUUUUCCUUAUCAAAUUGAGAUUGAAGACAGAGAUCACCAUGCAGUACUGUUGAUAAAGAACUUAGAGGAGCUUUCUUGAAUUUACUGAGUAAUUCAACUGAUUCUGUAUCAUGUAUUAUUCAGUUCUCAUGUGAAUUCGUCCAAAUAUAGGUUCCUACAGGAGUAAAUAUAG